UUUUUUAAAUUUAUUACCAACGUUCUGUUAUAUUGGUUCAAUUUGUUUUUAUAACGUGUUAGAACCGAUAACGCCGGUGCCAGUUAAAAUGUAACAAAAAGAAAAGUUAUAAUGAUAUUUUACGUUGUAUUGUUCACGCUUCACGUCCUGGAGACGUUACAACAUCUGUCCUAUCCAGUAAAUUUCUGCAACAUGGCCUCAACCUGCAUUCAUGACAGUCAUCAGGUCUGCGCUUCCACUCCAGACGGUUGCACGCGAAGGAGCUUCCUGGAUCAAUGUGACAUGUAUGAGUACAACUGUGACUACGGCACUCGGUAUCAGGAAACAUAUAUACUAUUUUGUAAAGACAUUACGACGUCUACCCAACAUACUGAAACACAAACUGAAUUAACUGACACAGUUACGAGCGUGACAAUAAGUACUUAUACAAUUGAUAUCAGUACGAAAAAAAAUAUAACAACAUCAAAUGAAGUUUCUACAGCCAAAACUGAUGAUAUAACUCAUAGUAAAAUAAGUCAAAACACUAACGACUUCACAAGUCUGUCAGUGGAGACAUCUAUAAAGGAUGAUUCUAAAGGAAACGACUCUAACAGUGAUGAUAAUUAUGAAGAAACUAAUGAAACCUCGGAUUGGAUUACUCAAGAACCUACCGAAAUAACUGAAAGUAUAACUGCAAAUGAAAAUACUCAGCGAAGAUAUCAAAUAUGUUGUAAUAGACCUCUCACUUGGGAAACUACCACUGAAAUAACAAAUAUCAUCACGGACGUACAAACUGACAUAGCUAUAAAAGAAGAUAGUGAUAGCAGUUCAAAAGAAAACACUGAUUACACAUAUGAACUGGGCCCUUCACAGACACUGCCCGUUGUAAGUGAUAUCACAACUAUUCCUGGCAAAAAUAUAAGUUCAACUAUUCCUGACAAAAAUAAAAGUUCAACUAUUCCUGACAAAAAUAAAAGUUCAACUAUUCCUGACAAAAAUAAAAGUUCAACUAUUCCUGACAAAAAUAUAAUUUCAAUUGCCACUACCAUGAAACCUCCUACGAAAGGAACGGACAAGUUACUGUCUGAUUUGAUUACUGAUCACGUAAUAAGUACAUUACCAUCAUAUAAAAAACCACCAUGGAAGUGCCGGAAUGGAUGCCAAAGACCGUUAACAUGGUUUACCACCGCUAAAUACAGAAGAAAAGCUAUAAAUUCUAAUAAAAUUUUUUGACAUUGUUAACUGUGACGAAGAAUGCCAAUGCUGUCGAAAUACCAAUGCCGGAAUAGAAGAACUUGCCUUAACGACUGACACUACUACAGAAAAUUUUUUGACGGGAACGGAAAAAACAACAACACUGACCAGUAAGAAAUGUAAUAACUGCGGCAGACCUGUCACAUGGCUCACCACAGCAAGAGGUGAAACGAGAGAUUUUUUUAGA